AUGUCUCUCUUCCAUAAUAUUCGUUCAGUUAUUAAUAGAGCAGUUUUAUCAGAUAUAAGAAUUGCAGUACGUUACUAUUCUGAUCAACCCGAUGAAAGCGAGGAACAACAGAAACCAAUAGAUCCUACAAAAGACCGAACAAAAAUUAUUCCUCUAGAAACUAGUAUUAGAUAUUUGCAAAGUGACGCAUAUAAAACAACUUAUGGAGACAAACCAGUAUGGUUUUUAUAUAGACGCAAUCACAAAGGAGGAUUUGCACCCAGAAAGACAAGACGAACAUGUAUUCGUAAUGGUAUAAUAUCGACAGGGAACCCGUGCCCAGUUUGCCGCGAUGAGUACUUAAUACUUGAUCCAAAAAAUGUAUCCCUUCUAGAACAGUUUAUAUCAGAGUACACUGGACAGAUCCUAGAGCCUUCUAAAACUGGUCUCUGUCAGAAAAAACAUAAAGAGCUAUUGGUUGCCAUUGAACGAGCUUGGGAUCAAGGAUAUAUAACAUAUGAUGUGCCUUUCAGGGAGUAUGAUUACAGUCUUUACAAUACUAAUGUAAAUUGA